AGAUACGUCAGGGUACAAGGAGACUCACGUGGCGGUAAAGCUUCGUGAUUAGACAGGAGUCACGCGUUGCUGAACAAUCAACGCAGUUGCCACCGUAAACUCAGUUGAAAAUGUCAAGUAUAUAAAAAUCUCAGAGUGAUGGUGCAAGUACAGGAUAGAGAAACUGGUUUAUCGAAAAAUGAGUACCUUCUUGCUGGCUCUGUCAGUGGUUUUGUUGCUAGGGCAGUUGUACAACCUUUGGACGUAAUUAAAAUACGUUUUCAGCUACAAAUGGAACCAAUCGAAGUUUCCAGAACGAGCAAGUAUCAAGGUCUUAUGCAAGCUGUCAGGUGCAUAAGCAAGGAAGAGGGUGCCAUUGCUUUUUGGAAAGGUCAUGUUCCUGCUCAAAUGCAGUCGGUUACGUUCACUAGUGUUCAGUUUCUUACUUUUGAAGUGAUUCUUUCGUGGCUGCGUGAAGUCAACAGUCUCCUUAUUUCAGAUAACAAAAUAUUUGGCUUACCUAUUACCUACAAACCUAUUGGUAACUUUCUGUGCGGAUGUGGAGCGGGCUCUUUAGCAGCAGUAGUUACUCAACCAUUAGACGUCCUACGCACACGUUUCAUUGCUCAAGGUGAGCCGAAAACUUACGGGAGCAUGUCACAUGCAGCUGUUUCCAUCAUAACUCGUGAAGGUGCUCAAGGGUUUUUCCGUGGGCUUGUACCAUCUCUUCUUCUUAUAGCACCACAAACAGGGAUUCAAUUUGCCAUUUAUCAUUCAUUAAACCAAAUGAUUAAUCAAGGAAAGUAUUAUUUACAUCCCAAUCUCAUUGAUAAAUCACCACAAUUCCAUAGUGGUAACCGUCCAGUUGGUCCUGUUCAAAGUUUGAUCUCUGGUGGACUUGCAGGGAUUGGAUCCAAAUGUGUAAUAUAUCCACUUGAUAUGGUGAAAAAACGUAUGCAAGUUCGGGUAAGGUUUUGUAUUUAAUUUUUGGUACCAAUAUUUCCAAAUAUUAAUGUUGUUGUUGUUGAAUUGGUCCAAUCUCACUUCAUAAAGUAAAGUUGUAUUCAUAUAGUUUCAUCCAUCAAAUGUAUCUAGGUUAUUUAUAGAGCGAAAAUAAACAAAGCUCAUUUGGAAAGUUAUAAUUUGGUGUAACGGUAUUGCGAAGCUUACAUUUAGGUUCAAUGUGCACUUGAUUAUAUCAAAUAUUCUUCAUGAGGCAAUUAUUUUCGUCACGAAAAGUCAUAUUAUUUACAUUGCUCUAAUCAUUAUAAGUAAAGGUUUCUUUGGUUAUUCAUGAUAGCUUUUUAAUAAUUUAUCACGCUUUCGCUUACAAACGAAGGUUUAAUGAAUUCAUCUAUUUAGUUUUCUUGGCGUGCAACAUUUCCAUUAUCAUGUUUUAUUCUACUUCACUGAAUGUCCACUUUAUACCAUAAGAAAAUAUAUCCGUUUAGAUGUCGAAUUAUUUACACACCUCUGUAAGCACCUCAUACUCCAACCUCUUCCAGGUUGUCAGAUUCACUAGAAUAAUUUCUGAACUCUUAUAACGCUCCGUUUCUCUGUCUACUUGGAUGGAACGUUAAUUUACCUUAGACGAAUAUCUACACUAGAUAGCCUUCUAGUAUCUGUAUUACAGGACUUCAAAACAAUUCAGAUCAAUAACAUGUGACUAGCCAGACUAGAAAGUAAGUUAAUGUUUCUUUGAUACCUUUCCAGUUGUUCUCCAUAGUAGUUCUUUCUUCCUUCGGUAGAUCUUGUAAGGCAUGGAACCUGCUGUUGAGAGCUAUCAUGAAUCCUGACCGUUGUCGAUACCUUGACGUGGUGGUCGGGCUUACCCAUCGUGAUGAAGCAACCGAGCUAU